AUACAAAGCCAUAGAACUUGAUUCAAGGCCGUUUUUUAAUACCAUGCAUGGCCAGACUGGUAGGACAUCUGCCCCAUUGAUACCCUUUCUCUGCUCCACCACUUAAGAAAAAAAUGGCAUAUUGCCCCAAAGCUAGGGCCUUAUAGGACCUGUAUUGAGUAAAUGAGUUUAACAUUGAAAAGAAAUUUAAAAUUAUAAUUAUUUUAUCGCUUUAUGUAGACGCGAGGAGACAACAAGUGGCGACGUACGUGUCACUUGUUCAAAGGCAAAUAUCGCAAACUCUGUUUCUCUGUAAUGGUAGAUGAGAGGCCCCUGCGCAAUUGCCUUAAAAAAGGAAGUGGGGAAUUUACUGAACUAUAUACUUUUAGCCUAUACAUACAAGCCCGUCGGUUUGAGAUAUGAUUCCACCAAGAAAUGGUUGUCAAUAUAUUUUCCCUGAAACUUAGCUCAAUUAAUAAUAAUUCAAAUUAGUACUUUUCAAAAAUUAAUUAAGAAUAAUAUAGGGGUUAACAUUCUCGUUUCUGUGCUUGAUGCCCUUAGAAUAUAAUGGCCUAUUGUUCUAAACCUUUUGGUAAUACGUGCUUAAAUACCGGAAGAACGCCUUGAAGAAUACCCUUCAUUUUGAAGUUCAUCACGAAAAUUCGUGUUCAUUACUAUUUUAGGGAAAAAUGGCUUCAAUUGUCAAAAAGUCCUUUAUCCUAUCUCUGGUGUUGUUUUCUGUCUUUAUCUCCUUUCCAGUCUGCGAAAGCAAUGUUUUUAGACGUUGCUGGACAACAUGGAGCAGAUGCAGCCGGUGGAGUUCCUGGGGAACAGGACGGAUUUGGCAGUCGUGCUCUUACAGGUGUAGAUGUCGUGGAUAUGGCGGAGGGGUAUGUCGCUUGGCUGGAGCAAAUUGUUUCUGGAUCAAAAAAGCUUAUCAAUGUCAAUGCUACGGAAAGCGUCGUGGGCCUAAACCGUCGUGGUGUGGUUUUUGAUAGUUUCUUUCCUAUAGCUGACGCCAACGUACUAUUUAGUUAUUUGUUAAACCUGUUACUGCACCAGUAUAAGGACAAUUAGAAUAUAUACUAGGUGAAAGACAUAGAAUAAUAGAUUCUAAGGU